CAUGUGGGCGGUCACACACACACACACACACACACACACUGCGCUUGCUCUCGCGCUAUAAAUAUUUUCCGCGCUCGUGUUGAGACCAGACUCGUCUCCGUUACGCGCGCGCACUCAGAGGCUCGGAGAUGGACAGUAAGGAGCCGGAGGAGAGCUCGGAGGAGGACCUGGACAGCGUGAAGGCGCUCACCGAGAAGCUGAAGCUGCAGACGCGCAGACCCUCUUACCUGGAGUGGCAGGAGCGCGUGCGCAGCGGACCGUGGAACGGCUGCCGAGACGCGCGCGAAGCGACCGUAACCGCAGAGCGCGAGGACCGCGACGGCCCACGAGACAUCUGCGGCUUCCGGUCCAUGGACGACGCGCUGCAGUGGCUCCGAAGCGAACUGAGGGAGAUGCAGCUGCAGGACCAGCGGUUGGCGCGUCAGCUGAUCCGUCUGCGUGGUGAGCUGCACCGGCUGAAGGUGGAGCGUGUGUGCGAUGGACAUCGGGAGAUGCUGGAUGACGCGGCGUUCGAGCUGGAGGAGUGCGGUGAGGAGUGUGACCUGCUGUGUGACGUGCCGCUCAAGGCCGCCUUCACCCUGUCCACACCGCUCAAGCACCUCGGCCUCACCAAGAUGAACCUCAACGCCCGCCGUUUCUCCCUCUGCUGAACAACUCCGGAUCCUCGAAGAGCGAACGAUCUCACGAGCUACAAAUAGACCAUGUAAGAGAUCGAGUCUUCUGUUCACAGCUCCUGAAGAUCUAAAGAUCUGUAGCUUUAAUGACGUCAGUGUCCAACACUUCUGAAAGCCAUAGUGCGUUUGAGAUGGGGUCUGCAGCAUACAAAAGAUCCCAGAAGCUACAGAAUUGUCGUAAAAGAAAAGAAAAAAAAAAACAGGCUGAGCUUCCAUAUUUUAGCUCUUGGAGAUCAGGAGUCUGUGGUUUUGCUAAUGUUCCAGGGUUGAAGCUCAGCGUAACCUUAAGGUUUUCUUUGCUAGAGAACGUGACGCCUUUAAAACACCCUUAUAAAGACCUUAAAAUACAGAUAUAUUACAAGCUACAGAAAAGCUACAGGAUUAAAUUAAAUUAAAUUUACAUUUCAAGCACUGCCAGGCCGUCUCUGCUGGGAAUUUGGUUAGGCUGACCCUGACCUUUGACCUCCAGCUUCCUUUCAAAUUGGAGUGACAAGAUGAAAACAAGAAAUACAACGGCACCAUUGUUGAUAAACAUGUACUAACCGUCCUCAAAGCAAACGAGGAUCAACAAAUUUAAUAAUAAUAAAAAAAAGACGAAUGGUGGCUGGAGAACACAAUUCCCAAGGAUAUAAGCCAUAACGCCUACCAAAGAUAAUCCAAGCCUCAGACUGUGGACACUAAUCUUCUUGAGCUCAACUUUUGGGACUCCAAUGUCUGUCAUGUGGCCUUAAUAUUGAGUGUCAUAACAUCAUGGGUGUAAAUAACACUAAGAAAGUCAAUAGAACCGAUGAAGAACAUCAUAUAAGUAGAAAAUGUAUUCACGAUUAAGGUGUGUGAAUGUUUUUUUUUUUUUUUUACUUAAAGCGGAACCAUACAAAAAUUCUUCUUCUUUUUCUUUCUUUCCAGCAUUAAAGUUUAUGCGCUUAGCUCAUUUUCUCUACUGAACAUAUAAAAAAGGACUUACUGUAUAUUACACGGGUUACGUUCAGGCGAUUUCGACCCGAGAACGAAACAGAUUAGAGAAGUAGUUAAUUAGUGGUUCAACUGACACCAACGGCUUGUUACAAAAAUACUCGAAUGUCACAUUACCGAAACAGAACGCAAGACCACAAAUAACACCGUCACUGUUUACGGAAAUAACGAAGUAGUUUUGGGUCAAGCAAAAGAUCCCAGUCUCUAACAUUUCCAUAACUACAAAAGGUAAAAACCCUGAAAUAUUUGACUGAGAUCAAGGAGGCCCAUGACAAUAGGGAUUUUGAAUACUGGCUUCUGAUUGGUCAGAAGGUGCUGAUUAAAUUUCUCUAACAGCAGCUCUGACAGUAGUGCAGCUGUUCAUAUUAAAGCGCUUGCUCUGAUACGUCAUCAUUUCUAAAGUAACAGCUCAUUCACAGGGACUCGCGUAAACCGUGUGUAAUCAUUGAUAUGGGCUUUCUGUAAAGAGACUUCAGUGUCAGCGCUCUGUAUCCGUCAGACGGAAAGCUGUAAUCUUACGAGGUUUCAGACGCCUCUAGGACAGAGGAGUUUACACUGCAGAGCUGUUUAUACUGUAGCUGCUAUAACAUAAGUGAUAGCAGGAACCUAACUUGUUUCCUAGACAUGCCGCAAACAGUAAACGCACAACUAUAAAUGAAUAAAAAAAGUAUGACCCUUCUUUAACCGAUGUAAUUGUUGGCAAGUUCCUGUAAUAUAAGGCGAAUAAAACACUUUGGGAUGUGCUGUAUUUGGAAAUUAGUCAACACCCCAUCGUUAGUUAUUUCCUUAUACUGUAACUGCACUCCUCUAGGGAAGUUCAGGCUUCAUGUACUUUGUUGUCACCAUGAAACCUAAUAUGGGCCUGUAAAAUCACUUGAGAUGAUGAAGAACACAGUGAUGCUUCUCCUGACAUCAGCUGAACACCGAUGUAAUUCCAGUCAUGAAGAAGGACAUGGACGUGAUCGUUGGCAUUGAGAUCGAAAUGUCGAAACAGACAUCGUUCGUGGAGCUGGAUUGAUUCUCACUCUCUUUCCUUCUCAUCCCGACCUGGCGGCUUCCCAAAAAUCCUGCUCAGAAUUCCGGACACUCCAUUACUUAAGCCCAAAAAUAACUAUAAGAGUCAGAUAUGGGGAGAGAUUAGUUACAGCUUGUACGCUGGACAAAAGACAAGCCGAACUGUUUAUCAUAUUGUUAAUAAAACCACAACUGUUCUAAAAUAAAUAAAUAUAUAUUUUUUUCCUUUCCAGGUUAAUGGAAAUGGGCAGUGGUGGCUCAGUGGUUAAAGGCUCUGAGUUAAUGAUCAGAAGGUCAUGAGCUCAAGCCCCAGUACUGCCAAGCUACCACUGUUGGACCCUUGAGCAAGGCCCUUAACCCUCAACUGCUCAGUUGUAUAAAUGCCAUAAAACGCCAAUGUAAAAAAUGUUAAUAAUGACGGCUGAAUGUGCAAAAGACUACAUGCUUUCAAUAAACUCACUAUGAAGCCCAAAUUCCUAAAGCUUUUUGUACACCAGUAUACACACAGAUUCAUAUAAAUGAUCCCAUCUGUAGAUAAAUGCAUCCAUAUCAUAGAAAGUCAUUUCAUGGGGAAUCCGUCAUGGGGAAAGUUUGGAAAGAUUUCUCAUUCAGGAAUAUGAAACUGGGAAUAAAUGUGGGAUAAAUGCAGCAGUGGUAGUAAAAAUUCCAACCUUCGACCGGGAAAAAGCAUAAAUAAAGCGCUCCUUAACUUCUGCAUAGGACGACAAUCAACACUCAACUACUUUUGACUUGUAAGAUGUGUAAAUAAUAAUAGUAGUAUUUACUUUAGAGCAAUCAACAUCAACAUAUUCGUUGGUUAAAUCUAUAAUGCUGACCGUACAGUUCGUGAUUUUGAGAAAUCUCACGAGCUACAGACAGACCAUGUAAGAGAUCGAGUCUUCUGAAGAUCUAAAGAUCUGUAGCUUUAAUGACGUCAAUGUCCAACACUUUAUACUCACAACACUUACAAAAGAUCUCAGAAGCUAGAGAAUUGUCAUAAAAAACAAACAGGCUGAGCUUCCAUAUUUUAGCUCUUGGAGAUCAGGAGUCUGUGGUUUUGCAAAUGCUCCAGUGUUGAAGCUCAGCGUAACCUCAAGGUUCUCUUUGCUACAGAAAAGCUACAGGAUUAAAUUAAAUUAAAGUUCAAAUUCAAGCCAAACCAGGCCGCCUCUGCUGGGAAUUUGGUUAGGCUGACACUGACCUUUGACCUCCAGCUUCUUUUCAAGUUGGGGUGUGUGCAGACAAACAAGACGAAAACAAGAAAUACAACGGCACCAUUGUUGAUAAACAUGUACUAACUGUCCUCAAAGCAAAUGUGGAUUAAUUCAUUUAAUAAAUACUCUAUACUCUACUCUCUAUAGGCUCAGAAGCAGGUCAAGCUAUUAAAACAUGAUGUGUAUUGCUAUACAGUGUAUUCCCUUAUCACACUCCGCACUGCAACACGUUCCUUCCGAUCCUCUAGCACCGCUAGACUGGUCCCACCAUCUCUCAGGUCACAAGGAAGGCAUUCAUCAAGACUCUUGACUGUUCUUGCACCUAGAUGAUGGAACAAACUUCACCUUCAAACAACAUUUAAAGACCCACCUCUUCCUAAAGUACUUAAAUUAGCCCCAAAAUUGUGUUGUCUGUGUGUUUUUUCUACUAUAUUACCUCCCCAAUAGAGUUUUUAGAUUGAUGGUAUUCUUAGUCCAUGACCUAGUGAACCAGUAUCAGGAUAUAUUUAUUGAUAGAGAUAAGGGCGUUUGCCAAAUGCCAUAAAUGUAAACGUAUUCAUAUUGACACUUAUCAUUUUACAUGCCAUUCUUUAGAUAAUUAAACAUUUACUCCAUCUUUUUCACAUCUGUAUUAGUCAUUUUGACCAAGUGGUUCUGAUUAUCUUCUAAUGACUGACCGGACGGUUGUGAGUACAAAUCCUAAAACUGCCAGAAAGCCUUUUUGUGUCCUAUUGACAGGCCAUGGGGUGCAUGGUGGCUUAGUGGUUAGCACGUUAUCCUCACACCUCCAGGGUCGGGGGUUGGAUUCCCACCGUGGUCCUGUGUGUGCGGAGUUUGCAUGUUCUCCCCAUGCUGCGGGGGUUUCCUCCGGGUACUCCGGUUUCCUCCCCCAGUCCAAAGACACGCAUGGUAGGCUGAUUGGAAUGUCCAAAGUGUCUGUAGUGUAUGAAUGGGUGUGUGAGUGUGUAUGUGAUUGUGCCCUGCGAUGGAUUGGCACCCUGUCCAGGGUGUACCCCGCCUUGUGCCCGAUGCUCCCUGGGAUAGGCUCCAGGUUCCCCGUGACCCUGAAGAGGAUAAAGCGGUAUAGAAGAUGGAUGGAUGGAUGAAAGACCAUGAAGCCU